AUGGGCCUGUACCUACAAGCCACGACAAGCACGGCCGAAGAUCUGUCUAUCGAGCGCAUCCGCGAAUUCGAAGCAUCCCUUCGUCCAGUCUAUGCGCCACUGACUGUCGCCGAUGCUGACGGCCAGAGCCCCUCCGAGGUAUCCGACUGCUCCACAUCUACAACAGAAGCCGAGGCUGUACAUGCAUUCACUCUCGUCCGCAUCUUCCAACACACCGCCUUGCUGUACCUGUAUAGAGCCAUUUGUGGCCUUCCGACUCGUCACCCGCUUGUGCAGCAGCAUGUCAAAUCCUGCCUCGCUUGCAUCUUUGAGAUCCCUCGGGAGGCAAACAACCUAAAUUGCAUCGUUUUCCCGCUGUUCAUCGCCGGAGCCCAUGUUUCAUUGGCAGAAGAGCAAAAGGCCGUUCUUGACAUGGCUGACGUGAUAUACGAUGACAUGCGAUUCGCUUCUAUCGACGCAGUCAAAUCUUUCUUUAAGACCAUUUGGCCGUCCAAGUCUGGAGAGAAGACUUGGCUUGAAAUCUUCAGCCAUCUCAGCCCACACGUCCUAGUGCUGUGA